UACAUACAUACAUACAUAAGAUAUAUAACUCAGCUAUAACUAUAUCAUAGAUUGAGGAAGAACUAAGUGUGGUGCGUUUCAGCUGCUGAUUUUGAAAGAUUAUUAUUCCAAUCAUCUCAACCUAAAGCCGCAGCUACACAAGCAAAGAAUAUAACAAAUAAAUUGAAGCAACAAUUACGAACUUCGAUCUCUUCUUCUCGCUGUGAAGAGAAGCAAUAAUGGACGAUUAUCUCAACAAAUGUGUGCCCCUUUACAAGCAUGCACUACAAGGCAAUUGGAAAGAGGCCAAGGCCAUCAUAGUUCAAGAUCCUUGGUUGAAGAAUGCAGCCAUUGCAAAAGGACGGACUACAGUGUUACAUGUAGCAGCAGGUGCAAAGCAUGUUCACUUUGUGAAACAAUUGAUGGGGGAAUUGAGUGAAGAAGACUUGUUAUUGACAGAUAACAAUGGAAACACUGCAUUUUGCCUUGCUGCUGCAGCUGGGAACAAGCAAGUUCUUGACUUGAUGAAAGAUAAGAAUCAAACAGUUGUAGAGAUUAGGGGUGCAGGUGGAAUCCCUCCUGUUCAAUUUGCGGUAUUGCGAGGAAGAUGUGACGUGGCUUCGUAUCUAUAUGAACCUACCAAAUUAGAUGCUGAUAAGUUGAAACAAUUGUUCCUCACUUGUAUCAACACUGGUCUCUACGGUUUAGCCUUAAAAAUGUUGGAAGAUCGCUCAUAUUUAGCUUUUGCUAAGGAUGAGAAUGGUGAGACAGUUUUGCAUCUCUUGGCUAAAAGCCAUUUGGAUUCUUGUUGCCAAAGUCCACAACAUCAAAGCUCCAUAAUCAAGAUUAAUCCUGGAAUGAAGCAGCAGGUGGUUUUUCAACUGGUUAAGAAGCUUUGGAGCACAAUUCUUGCAGAGAAGUCCUCAAUGCGAGAGAUAUUUGAAACGCUAAGCAACCCUUUUCAACUGUUAUUUGCUGCAGUAGAAGUUGGUAAUUUUGGGUUCUUAUCAGAGAUUCUUAGUGCUUAUCCAGACUUGAUACGGACAAAGGAUAAUAGUACAGACCAAACCAUAAUUCACAAAGCUGUGAUGCAUCGCCAUGCAAGCAUCUUCAAUCUCAUACAUGAGAUAGGGUCUCUGAAGGAUACCAUAGUGACUAUGAUGGACACAGAAGGUAAUACUUUGUUGCAUUUGGCUGCAAAAAGAGCACCACCGCAAAGACAACUUGAAUUAGUAUCUGGAGCAGCAUUCCAAAUGUGCCUUGAGUUAGUAUGGUUCAAGGAAGUGAAGAAGAUAAUGCCACCAUCGCUCAUAAACUAUAAAAACUCCGCUGGUAAAACUGCUAGUGAAUUAUUUUCAGAGGAACAUAAGGAGUUGCGAAAAGAUGCAGAAUCUUGGAUGAAAAGUACAGCUGAGAAUUGUAUGCUCAUUGCAACCGUCGUUGCAACAGGGGCGUUUGCUGCUGCAAUAACCGUGCCAGGUGGUGUUGAUCAUAAAGGGGGGAAGCCAAACAAAUUGGGCAAAACAUCAUGGUUCUCGGUGUUUACAAUCUCAGAUGCAACUGCAUUUAUCUCAUCAGCAACUUCAAUAUUAAUAUUCUUGUCCAUUCUUCUUUCGCGUUAUGCUGAGAGUGACUUCUACAAAUCAUUGCCCCUGAAACUCAUAUGUGGAUUGGUGGCUUUGUUCUGCUCAAUAACAAGCAUGAUGGUAGCAUUUGCAAGUGCCUUCUUCAUUACUUAUCAUCACUAUGCCUCAGAUCUUGUUCCCGGUUUCGUUUCUAUAUUUGCCUCUUUUCCAGCACUUAUAUUCUUGUUUCUCCAGUCUUCAUUGUGGUCAGAUCUAAUGCAUUCAACCGUUUGUUGUAGGAAACUUUUUAAGCCAAGCAAAAAGAUGCUUUACGCACUAGAGAACUAGAGAAAAUGUAAUGUGACUGGAUACUUAGUCAAAUUUGUAUUUCAUGUUGAAAAAAAAAACGUUGUGCCUUGUGCGG